AUGGCCCCGAGGCUGUACUCUAGGCUUCCUGAAGGACGUUUUCGUCUGAUCAAGCUUCUUCCUGGCAAGUGGGACGAUGCACUCCAGGCGGAGCUCUUUGAAGCGGAUCAGACUUUUGAGUACACGGCCUUGUCCUACACUUGGGGAAGCAGGAGAGCUCUCAGAAAAGUGACGCUCAACGGCCUCUCGAGGGGCAUCACCGUUAACCUCGACCUCGCUUUACGGACUCUCCGCUCGACUCGCAGCCCCGUGACGGUAUGGGCUGAUGCGUUGUGUAUAGACCAGGAGGAUGUGGAGGAUAAGAGUACUCAGGUCGAUCUCAUGAAUGACAUCUUUGGCUGGGCUUCUCAGGUGCGCGCCUACGUUGGUGAUCCCCUGUUGAGGGAACAUGCCAGCUUCGAGACAAGGCUUGAAGAGCUGGGUCCUCUAGAGGCAUUCGAGUACUCGGAUGACGAAGACGAAGCCUGGGAGGAGAUUCAUUUUGCUCUUUCAGAGUUCGAGACGAGCAAAUCUGCAGAGAUAUCGGCUCACCAGCGGUGUCGCUGCAUCUUUGGCCUAUUAAAGGCCCUUUCAUCACCCGCCCUAACCGCCAAACUUCAAGACAUGGACCUCUUCUCCAAGAGACUCACUCCCAAGAUGGAGCUCAAGCAGCGAAGCCUCUUUGAGUGGCUCCGCAUGUUUGUCGUCGCCCCCUGGUGGGAUCGCAUGUGGAUCACGCAGGAAGUCGGCGUAGCUCGUGAGCUCGUCCUCAGCUACGGCAAGGUCACCAUGUCCUUCAACAUGCUCACGUCCGUAGUGGGGGCGAAACCACCAAACCUGGCUGCUGAGAACGCGAGGGUCGUCGGCCUCCUCGUCACAAAGCUCAAGGCGAUAUCCGAGCUCCGCCGGCUGCAGAGGUACGAGUCCAUCGCCGAGAUGAGGGACCUGGACUACUUCCAGCGGUCACUUGGAAGUCCCCUUCUCUGGCUGUUACGGACGUUUCGACAUAGGCACUCUUCUGAGCCGAGGGACAAGAUCUAUGCCCUGGCUCGGCUACUCACCAAGCUCGACAUGGGGUCCAACUACAAACUCAGGACCGACUAUAGCACUUCGGUGGCUACCCUUUUCUGCAGGGUCGCCGUCUUGAUAAUGCAGGAGACGGGCUUGUUCUGGAUAACCUCUGCGGACUUGGUGGCCAAGUCGAGAGAUAAUCUUCCUUCGUGGGUUCCCAACUGGACAGACGGCUUCACGACUCCAGACACUGAGAACACGGCCUGGAAGAUACGCCUAUGCCACAACGUCUCCAACAUCUCGUUCUCGGUCGAAGCUCCUCUCCCACCGGCGGUACCGAUGGAACCGUCCAAGUACUAUAGCAGCCUUGCAACAGACGCAGAAAGCUACUCGUGGAAAAGACACCAAGGCGGCGAGCAGAAAUUCAACGAACCCUUUACCCCAGCCGUCGAGGCCGGUCAGAACGCCUUCAUGCACAGCAAACACUUCUUCCUCGACAAAGACAACUCCGAGCCCCGGCGUAUCUGGUACGAGCACCACGAGCCCGAGGUCCGCGACUUCACCAAGGUCGAGAACUGCCUCAAGGUUCCCUCCCAGUUCUGUUCCACCGUCCGCCACGUCUCGGAGCCCAUCGCCCCAGACCUGUCCAACCUGCAGGCCAUCGUCAAGGGCCUGCGUGUUGCCCACUACAAGAUUUUCCCCGACGACUGGAAGAAUGUCGAGUUGAGCCGUCUGGAGCAAAUUGGCCGUGUGCUCUGCUUUGGAGCUGUGAUCGAUCAGCAGUCUGGUCACGCUCGUCGCCUCGAACGCUACGACGACCCAGACCUGGCCAUUCUGGUCCAGCUCUUGACUCGAGCAGAUGAAGACCUUCAAGAUUCGGAAGGCUGGGAAGUGUGGUAUCGCCAAAAGAUGCUCCUCGAGUUGAGGAAUCCCUGCUCCGUGUGUCAAUCCGCGACACAUCCCUGCUCAGAAUGCACAAGACAAUCAGAAGCCAACCCUAUACCAUCCCCAAAGGAGGCCCGGAAGGACUCCAACAUCAGACAGCUGCGUCGAACAGCUAAGCAGACGGCCUCGGGUAACUGCAUCAUCAUGACCAGGGAUGGUACCUUUGCCUUGGGGCCGCCUCAGUCUCAAGUCGGUGAUAGAAUAUCCAUACUGAGCGGUGGUCUCUGCCCCUAUGUUUUGCGACGAGACACAAACCCACAACAUCUGGGAUAUCUCGCCUUCCAGCUGAUUGGAGAUUGCUUCCUAGACAAGACACCGACAUGGGAUACUGAAAGGCUGGAAACCGUGGCCUUGGUCUAG